AUGGCUGACCGAAGGAGGCUUGAGCGGCGUACUAGUAGGCCCGAUCUCGAGUUCUACCUGCACCGCGUAUUCCGCAAGCAAGCCUUUCGGCCGCUCCAGCGAGAGGUGAUAACGGCGGCAGUUGAUGGCCAUGAUGUCUUCCUCCAGGCUUCUACUUCUUUUGGCAAGAGUCUGUGCUUUCAGCUGCCAGCGGUCAUCAGCAAUGGCUUAACUAUCGUCAUAUGCCCGCUUCUUGCCUUGAUGAUGGACCAAGUCAAUGCGCUCCAAGCCAUAGGCGUCUCGGUAUCAACAAUCAACUCCAAUACGCCAACCGCAGAAAGACGCAUGAUACUAGACGACAUGCUUUCUGGGCAUCCGCGGACACGUCUACUCUAUAUCACCCCAGAGCUAUGCCAGACAGACAGCUUUCGCCGAAACCUUCAGACGGUCCAUAAGCAAGGCCAGCUGACCCGAAUAGCGAUUGACGAAGCUCACUGCAUUAGCGAAUGGGGCCAUGACUUUCGACCAGCAUACCAAGAAUUAGGAUGGCUCAAGAAAAACCUAACCAACCCUCCUGUUCCUAUUUCUGCCCUGACUGCGACCGCAACCCCGAGGGUUCGGACAGAUAUUAUCAAUAUCCUCGGACUGAGCUCUAACCAGCUUAGGCUUUUCAAUACGCCUUCUGCCCGUCCGAAUAUCCACUACGAAGUCCGAUACCUUGAUGAGUUCGGUGAAGAUGAUACGCCAUACGACAACCCCCAAUUAGACGACCUAAUGGAAUAUCUCAACGCCAUCAGAGCGCGUCGACAAGCCCGAUUCGGCGAAGAAGCAGCGCGCCUGCCACCGAUGUCAGGCAUCAUCUACGUGGGACUGCGUACAGUGGCUGAGCAGCUAGCCAAUCAAUUGGCGACCAAGAAGAGCAUAUCGGCCGUAGCCUACCACGCCGGGCUAGCACCGCAAGACAGAACGAAUAUCCAAGCGAUGUGGACAUCGUCCAAAUCCCAGCCGCAACCCGACAACGGAAAGCCAGCUCCUGUAUUCUCAAUCAUCGUAGCAACCAACGCUUUUGGAAUGGGAAUUGACAAUCCACACGUACGCUUUGUUGUCCAUUGGACUCCGCCUCGCAGCUUCGAGGGAUUUGUACAGGAAUCAGGCCGAGCAGGUCGUGACGGUCGGGCGGCAGCUUCACUGGUGUACUAUAGCAAGGCAGAGCGAGACCGGAUUUACGACCGCAUGGUCAGGGACACCGAUAAUAUUCGGAACCGCGGCAGCUCGAAAAGUCACAUUGCUGGCUUAUUGAAGAACCAGGAGGCUCGGGUUGACAGUUUCAAGAAGGUUGUCCGGUACUGCGAAAGUGUUACGCGGUGCCGACACGACUUGAUCAAGGAUCUGUUUGGGGAUUUUGAGCUAGAGGAGAUGGGCUCACAGCAACCGCCUUCUUCGCAGGUGGCUCGGAGUGAUUCUUUCGCAGCCUCGUGCACGACGCCCUGUGAUUAUGCCUGUGAUUUCUGCAAAGAGGGCCGGGUAGCUUUGGCAAAGCGGAAGCGAAAGAUGGAAGCUGCAUCCUAUAUGAUUGACGAGGGCUAUGUUUGA